AUGGCACCGAAGCCAUCGUCGUCCUCACGCUCAUGGGACGCCCUCACGCCGCCGCUAUCACAAUGGACCCUGGACGCUGUAGCCUCUAUGGGCUUCACGCGCAUGACCCCAGUUCAGGCCUCGGCUAUCCCUCUAUGUAGUCGUCGAGGCUGUGACGGGAGUGGAAAGACUCUAUCAUUCUUGAUUCCCGUCGUGGAAAAGCUUUUGCGCCUUGAUGACCCCAUCAAGAAGCAUCAUAUCGGCGCUAUCAUUAUUUCACCAACGAGAGAGCUUGCAACCCAGAUCUAUCAGGUCCUCUUGUCCUUACUGGAAUUUCAUCCUGCGUCAGCCGCCGCAAUCCACCCUCCUGAAGGCGACGCGCCUCGUCCCAAGUCUUCCGCCUCGGUUUUGAAAGUCGUCCCACAACUCCUCUUGGGCGGCACGACGUCCCCGGCUGAAGACCUGAGCUCUUUCCUCAAGCGCUCGCCUAAUGUGCUGGUUGCGACGCCCGGGAGAUUAUUGGAGCUUCUUCCUCGCCUCAUGUUCACUGCCCGCAGUCAACUUUCGAAAUGCUUACUUCUCGACCUUGGAUUCAAGGAGGACCUUCAAAGGAUUCUGCGCCAUCUUCCUAAACAGAGAAGAACUGGUUUGUUCAGUGCCAGUAUCAGCGAGGCUGUUGAUCAAAUUGUCCGCGUAGGACUGCGCAACCCAGUCAAGAUUGCCGUCAAGGUAAAGGGUGGCUCGGGGGCUGAAGACAAGCGCACGCCAGCAAGCUUGCAAAUGACCUAUCUCACAACACCGCCGGCCCAUAAGUUCUCCAUUCUUAAGAACAUCCUCUCAUCCGUCCAGCCUACUCCCCAAAAAACAAUUUUCUUCGUGUCAACAUGCUCCAGUGUCGACUAUCUCGCCAUGAUUCUCCCUAUCAUCUUAGGCGACGAGUUCCUUCUCGUUCCUCUCCAUGGAAAACAUGCGUCCAACGUCCGCCAGAAAAAUUUCAACCGCUUCACAACUUCCACGACUCCCGCUAUUCUUUUGACCACCGAUGUUGCUUCUCGUGGACUUGAUAUCCCGUCUGUCGAUUUGGUCGUGCAAAUUGAUCCCCCAUCAGACCCCAAGACCUUUAUUCACCGCUGUGGCCGAGCAGGCCGUGCUGGUCGCCGCGGUCUGAGUAUCGUUCUUCUCCACCCCGGACGGGAAGAAGACUAUGUCCAAUUCCUCGAAGUGCGCAAGACUCCCGUUGCACCUUUCACUCUGCCAACACCUCUCUCGGAUGCGGAUGCCGCGACCAUGACUCAACGCGUGCGGUCGAAUAAUCUCCAGGACCGCUCUCACCAUGACAAGGCUCAAAAGGCCUUUGUAAGCUGGCUUCGCAGUUACAGCAAGCACCAAGCGAGCAGUAUAUUCCGGGUAGAGGACCUAGACUGGGAGGCUUUGGGCAAAGCCUGGGGUCUUCUCAGGUUACCCCUAAUGCCUGAGCUGCGCAAUUUCACAGGAGACAAGCUUCUGGGUGUCAGUGUCGACUGGGACAAUUUCGCGUAUAAGGAUAAGCAGCGUGAGAAGCGUCGUAAAGAGGAAAUGGAAGAGAAGGCGCAAGGUGGAAGCGCCCAUAAGCAAGAUUCACGCAAACGCCAAGCAGGCGAGAGUGCUGCUUGGAGUCAGAACCAAGAAUCUCGCGAGAAGAGACUCAGGCGCAAGGAGACUAUAAAGUCACGGAAACAACAGGAGAAAUGGGAGAAGCUGCCCGAGGAGGAAAAAGAAAAGAUUCGUGAGACGGAGCGAAUGGUGGAGCAGAUUCGUAUCAAGAAUGAGCAAGAACGGCUAUCUAGAAAACAGCAGGGAGCUGAGGGUGGUGAUGACGAGUUCCACGGCUUCGAUUGA